AUGGCAUCUUCCGUGACUCUCAGGAAGGAGGACUAUUAUAUCGCCUGUAUCACAGUGAUUCCUGAAGAACUCGCGGCUUUCAGCCAAUUUUUGGAGGUGAAACACACCGCACCGCGCGACAUUGACAAGAAAGACCCGAACCAGUAUAAGUUCGGCGAAAUCGCAGGUCACAAUAUCGUGUUGUGCACCUCUGGCACUCAAGGACCGCAUAAUGCAGCGGAAACUGCUACCAAUCUGAAGUGGAGCUUCCACGAAAUUAGGUUCGCCCUCCUCGUCGGAAUCGGUGGCGGGGCACCCAGCAGUACUUGCGAUAUUCGCCUUGGCGAUAUUGUGGUAGCAGCGCCCGGGCACCUAUCUAAUGGCAUCACCCAUCAUGAUUUCGGAAAACAGUUGACUGAUGAUUUUAUCCAAUUGGACUUUCCUAACGCGCCUGCGCCCCGGCUUCGGAGUGCUGUUUGCGAUAUGCAGGCAACAGAUAUCGUUAGCCAGAGCAAUAUCGCGCAGAUAAUCUCGCACGUCGUGGAACAAGCGUCCGCCUUUUCACGACCCGACGAUGUUUACGACAAACUGUUCGAAUCGGACUACGAACACGUCGCUGGGAGCGUCGACUGCGACAGGUGCGAUAAAACACGCCUACGUCAGCGCGAUGCCCGCGACGAGCCUACCCCUCGCGUUCACUAUGGACCAAUAGCCUCCGGGAGCCAGGUGGUCAAAAGUGCGACCAAACGAGAAGAUUUGCGCGCGAGAUACGGCGUCCUGUGUAUUGAGAUGGAAGCAGCAGGUGUCGUUCGGAACUUACCGUCUCUCGUGAUCCGAGGGAUCAGCGACUAUGCAGACUCGCAUAAAAACGACCACUGGAAGAGAUAUGCUGCGCUUGCUGCUUCAGCUUAUGCGAAGGAGCUGCUUUCCCGGAUCCCGGCCUCUAAUAUCAUUCCAAAUUCUACAUCCAGCUCUACUGGAUAUUCAGCUCAGCCUGUGGCUCACGGUGCUGCCCUCGCGAAUCUGCUAGACCAAGAAGCCCGGCGCAAGAAUGAGGGUCAAAAAUGGAGGGAGUCCGUUGUGGAUCUCCUGAAGGCCCUUGGGUUGAAGUGGGAUCGAGAUUCGCGUGAUGAGCUUGCAGAAGCUUUGCAGAUCAGCGACGGGACCAGUGGCUCGGCGAAACGCAAUAAUGCUCUGCGGCGUGCGCUUAUGGAGCGGUUGACUAUUAAGGAUGGGGCUGUUGUUGUUCCUAGUUUUCUGCAUGGGCUGCGUUACUGA